ACAGCGAGGAAUGUAUACAUACCAGAGGAGGGGCCAUAAAUGGGGACGGGUCGGAGUGAGGGGAAAGGCCUCUCAGUUUUACUAGACAGUAUAUAAGGGCAAAGUCUCAGCAUUCGGAAUUAUACACUACAGGGUCACAAGAAAUACAUUAACUACCUCACCACAUAACAAGGGCAACAAACAGCUGUGAUCACUCCCUGCAGGUGAAUAAAGAUGGUUAUAUCUAAGUCAUGGAUUAUGGUGAAGCACUUUGAUGGUGCACCAAAACCUGAGGAUUUCAAGCUAAUAGAGAAAGAGCUGCCGCCCCUGAAAAAUGGAGAAGUGUUGCUUGAAUCAGUCUUUUUGAGUGUGGACCCAUACAUGAGGCCAUACAGUAGAAUACUAAUGAAAGAUGGGGAUGUUAUGAUUGGAGCCCAAGUUGCCAGGGUAAUAGAAAGCAAAAAUGCUGCAUUCCCUGUGGGAGGAUAUUAUAUUGCAAAUUCUGGCUGGACAACACACUUCAUAUCAGAUGGUCAAGUACUACAGGCAAUACCUUCCAGCUGGCCUGAAUCUCUUCCCAAAUCUCUGGCACUUGGAGCUGUUGGCAUGCCUGGUUUAACGGCAUACUUUGGCUUAUUGGAAAUCUGCAAUCCUAAAGAAGGAGAAGUGGUUCUUGUCAACGGCGCAGCUGGAGCAGUUGGAUCAGUGGUUGGACAAAUCGCAAAGAUCAAAGGCUGCAAAGUAGUUGGAUCUGCUGGCUCAGAUGAAAAAGUCACAUAUUUGAAAGAAAUUGGGUUCGAUGAAGCAUUUAACUACAAGACAGUGGACUGUUUAGAAGAAGCCCUGAAGAAAGCGUCUCCAGAAGGCUAUGACUGUUAUUUUGAGAAUGUGGGUGGGAAGUUUGCUGAUGCUGCUAUUCCACAAAUGAAGACCUUUGGAAGAAUUUCUGUGUGCGGUGCCAUCUCCCUGUAUAAUGAUGCAGUGAUUCCAUCAGGACCCUAUAUUCAAACAUAUGUUGUUUUUAAACAACUCCGCAUGGAAGGGUUCCUUGUAACUCGCUGGCAAGAGAAAUUUCGGGAGGGACAGAAGCAACUCCUGCAGUGGGUUUCAGAGGGCAAGCUGAAAUAUCAUGAACACAUCACUAAUGGUUUUGAGAACAUGCCAGCUGGAUUCAUGGGGAUGCUUAAUGGAGAGAACAUUGGGAAAGCAGUUAUAAAAGUCUAGAUUUUUUUUUACUGUACCAUUUUUGCCGUUUUCUCUUCAUUAAAAAAAUGACAUUGCUUGGGUGUUCUUAAAUCUAUAAUUUGUCAGUACGAUGUAGGCAGUCAUCUGUCUCCAGAACAAUAAAAAGUCUGUUUAUAACUUG